ACUACAGUCCUUGAAUUAAACAUUUUGAUACUAAGGUUUACUAAAUAUCAGUGAACCUUUUGGAUUUUGAAAAUAUUAAAAUAAUCAGACUGAAAAAUUCAAAGAUGGCUGAAAAUGAGAUCCAGCAAUCACUUGCAGAUUCAAAUAGAUGUCCAAUUUGCUUAAAUGUAUGCCAAGAACUAAAAACAUUAAUUUGCCAGCAUAGCUUCUGCAUUCUCUGUCUUGAAGACUGGAUAAAGAAAAAGGGUGCACUGGAAUGUCCAAAUUGCCGUCAGUCACAUCCUGUUCCCGAGGGCGGACUUCAAUUAUUACCAUCAAAUACAAUUGGAGUGUUAUCUGCUGAUAACUUGGAUAGAGGUCAUGAUAACAUCAAGUGCUGUUGUGGUAAAUGCAAUGCAGUCUUUUACUGCCAGGAUUGUAAUCAGUAUUUGUGUACUUCUUGCACAAAUACUCAUGAAAAAUUCCCUGCACUCAAGAACCACAUACUACAGAAAAUCAGUGCUAACUGGCCAGAAAAGGAACCAGAACCAUUGUGUCCACUGCAUGAAAAGGUGAUGGAAUUAUAUUGCAACAUUUGUAAGAUUCCAAUUUGUCAAAAUUGUGUAAUUACAGAUCACAAAGAAGAUGAAGGAAAACAUGAAACAAUUGAAGUUUCUGAGGCCUUCAAUUACUUCAAAGUAACUGCAACCGCUUUGAUAAGUCAGGCCAAUGUUAAUAAGCUAAAGGCACAAAGAGGAAUAACCAAGUGUAUUGAAAAUGAUUCUGAGCUUAGCAAAAGCAGAAAUGAUAUUAUAGAAGACAUCAAUAACAGUGUAGAAGAAAUAGUUAAAUUAGUCAGAGAAACUGGAAAAGCAUUGGAAGAAACGUUUGAAGAUGUCUGCAAGGCAAAAAAGGAGAAAAGUAACUCUCAAAUUCAUGAACUCAAAUCAUAUAUAUCAUGUCUUGAAGAAAAACAAGAUUGCAUCGGAAGAAUACUUAAUAGUGGAAAAUUAACAGCCCUCCAAACAUGCCAACAGCCAAUUAUAGAACUGCAAGAAAAAAUUGACUUACCAGACACAGAACCUAGAGAUGAUGGGAAGGUUUAUUUCUCUCCAACAAAAGACCACAUAAUGAGUUCUUUAAAAAAACAGGGACUAGGAAGUUUCUUUGAAAAGCCAAAUGAAAAUGUCUUUCAAAUUUUAUGUGAAAAUCCAUUGACUGUGACUAAUCACCAAACCUUUCAUGUUGAAAUAGCUCAAAGAUAUAAAUGUAAAAUAGAUAUUAAUGAUCUGACACUAUCAGAAAGGACACUAUCAGAAAGGACACUAUCAGAAAGGACACUAUCAGAAAGGACACUAUCAGAAAGAAGUAUUUUCCGAGGACGUCCUAAACUAAGAUUCUCGGUCAUAAGGGAUAACUUAAGUAUUUUUGAACAUAAUGGCAAAUAUUUUGUGAAAGGAUCCUUUGGAAAAGAAAAGAUAUUGGAUAUCAAAUUUCGUAAUUCACCAAUAAAAGGAUCACCAAUUAUGAUCAAUGUUAAAGAAGUUGGAAUCGAAAGAGUUAUUGAAAAUGUUGGUCUAUCCACAUGUACUACGGGUCAUAAUAAAGGUAUCCAAGAUUUGGUGAUGUCUGAAAAAGGUUGGUUUUUAAUUGUUUGUAACACAGAUGGAGCAUUUAGGUUUGAAAAGUCAGGAGCAUUUGUCAGUAAAAUAAUAUUACCAAAGGAUGUUAAAACAGUACGCAAAUUAAAAAACAACAACCUAAUAUUUUCAAGCACAAAUACUACUUCAAUGUUUGUAACUAAGCAUAGGUCUAUCAGUAAUAACAGUAUUUUAACAGUUUGUAGACACAAUGGUAAGGUGAUUAAAUCACUUGAUCUUACGGCAGUAAAUAGUUUAACAAUUGGUAAUGGUAUUGAUGUAAAUGAAGACUUGAAUUUAGUGUAUGUACCUGAUCAAAAAGAACAUUGUGUACAUGUGUACAACAUGGAGAGUAAACUUAAGGUGAAAUCCAUUGGAUCUGAAGGUGGUCUUGAAGGACAAAUGAAUGGACCUUCUGAUGUUGCUGUCACAAAAGAAGGGAAUCUCAUUGUGGCUGACACUCAAAAUCACAGAUUGCAAUUAUUUGGCUCUGAUGGUCAAUUCAUUAAAGUUAUUAUUGGGGGAGGGUUGGAAGUUGGUAUGGUGAUAAAGCCAUCCAGAGUAGGCAUUGAUUAUGAUGACAACAUUAUUGUAGCAAGUGAAUGCAAAGUACAGUUAUUUGACAAUUGUGGCAAGUUCAUUAGAGUGAUUCAUGAGAUUCAAAACAAAGAAACAUAUUUUGCAUUUUCAAUUGUUUCUCACUUUCCUCGUAGACUAGCAUUAGCAGAAAUUCAAUCAAGAACGAUCAAAUUAAUAAAUUAUUAGAAAACAAAUCCCACAAUGUAUAGAUCAGAUUACAAAAAAAGGUUUGUACUGGAAGGAGGGUUUAGACCACGCAAGUCCCACUAUGGUUAGGAUGAAAUAUGAACUUUUAUGGUGUGGUCAUCCUAGAAUUUUUUAUUUUUUUCUUCCAUUUUAAAAAAUUUCAACAAUUUAUAAGGAAGGCCUGGACCCUGUCCCUAAAAGUAUUCUGGCAUGCUGUGCACACUUGAGGACAACUUAAGGCCCUUGUUGGUCACUGCAACAUAUGAUAAGAUCAAUUAAAUGUAUUUUAAAAUUAAUUUUUGUCUGAUGUGAUAAUAAGUGAUAAAACUGAUAAUUUGAUAUCUACUGAUCAAAACUAAGGAAGUGAUAAUUAACGCAAUAAGAAAAUUCCUCAUAACUAUAGAGGGAGGACCACUCCAUUAGACACAUUUUGCUACCAUAAACGUGUUAUAAGAGUGGUUUUUUUUUGUGAACAAAAAUAAAUGAUACAGGUAAAAAUUAAAGUAACAAAAAAAGAAGAAAAAUAGAAACUCAGCCUGUCUUUAACAAAAGUUCAAUCCCUUUUGCUACUCUACUCAUCGCAUUGCUUUUGUCCUUGGUAAGGCACUUUACUUAUGUUUGCCUCUCUCUACCCAGGAGUAUAAAUGGGUACCUAGUAGGAUGGUGUGGCAUUGAAUGUAUGGGUCGUGCACGUUUAAGCAGGGAGCAGAAAAAGUUGCACAAUGUAAUUAUCUGCUAAUUCAGUAUCCAGUGACCAGGGAAAUAAGGACACCCAGCGCCUUGUAUAAUUGCUUGUAAAUUCUGCGAAUUGUGAAAGGCGCUAUAUAAAUUCUGAUUCUAAAAAGAAAA